CGGCCCCCAGCGAAGCACGCAGCCGGUGGGCUCAGGGGCGGCGGGGGCCUGGGAGCCGGGAAGUUUGCGCGACCGCUGGCAGUGCUGCGAUCGGAAGCCAGGCGCCGGCCCUGAGGUCCAGGGGGCGGGCGGACUCGCUUACAGACGACCGCGGGCCCGCUGCCGCCGUCUCGCGUCCUCUUUCUGGAAAAGUGUUGAAACUUUUAAAAUGUCAUCUAUCAAGCACCUAGUUUAUGCAGUUAUUCGUUUCUUACGGGAACAAAGUCAGAUGGAUGCUUAUACUUCAGAUGAACAAGAAAGUUUGGAAGUUGCAAUUCAGUGCUUGGAGACAGUUUUUAAAAUCAGCCCAGAAGAUACACAUCUAGCGGUUUCUCAGCCCCUGACAGAAAUGUUCACAAAUUCCUUCUGCAAGAAUGACAUUCUGCCUCUCUCAAACUCAGUACCUGAAGAUGUGGGAAAAGCUGACCAAUUAAAAGAUGAAGGCAAUAACCACAUGAAAGAGGACAAUUAUGCUGCUGCGGUGGACUGUUACACACAGGCAAUAGAACUGGAUCCAAAUAAUGCGGUUUAUUAUUGCAACAGGGCUGCUGCUCAGAGUAAAUUAGGUCACUACACGGAUGCAAUAAAGGACUGUGAAAAAGCAAUAGCAAUCGAUUCAAAGUACAGCAAGGCCUAUGGGAGAAUGGGGCUGGCCCUCACUGCCAUGAAUAAAUUUGAAGAAGCAGUUACAAGUUAUCAAAAGGCAUUAGAUCUUGACCCUGAAAAUGAUUCCUAUAAGUCAAAUCUGAAAAUAGCAGAACAGAAGUUAAGAGAGGUAUCCAGCCCUACAGGAACUGGAUUGAGCUUUGACAUGGCUAGCUUAAUAAAUAAUCCAGCCUUCAUUAGUAUGGCAGCAAGUUUAAUGCAGAAUCCUCAAGUUCAACAGCUAAUGUCAGGAAUGAUGACAAAUGCCAUUGGGGGACCUGCUGCUGGAGUUGGGGGCCUAACUGACCUGUCUAGCCUCAUCCAAGCGGGACAGCAGUUUGCUCAGCAGAUACAGCAACAGAAUCCUGAACUUAUAGAGCAACUGAGAAAUCACAUCCGGAGCAGAUCCUUCAGCAGCAGCACUGAAGACCAUUCCUGACUUGACCAGGGGCCGUAGAAUGCAAACGGUUAUGGCUCUGAAGUGUCUGCUGUAGAUAGUGGCCAAAACACCUAAAGAAUAAAUCUGUCUAGACAAUAGGUUUAUCACAGAUUGAGCAUAACAUGACUCCUUUGUAAAUGGUCAGUAGCCUUGCUAAGUGCCAAUGCAGCACACAGCAGGGUUCCAUUUUCAAACCUUCAUCAUCAUAUCUGUAUAUUAGACUUAAUAGUGAGUUCUCUAGCUCGCAAUUCCCAUUAGCAAACAUUUUGAAGGGGAAGAUAAGCAAGAGGAAAGGUUCCAGAUGCUGGCUUAGGAGGAAUGGACUUGCCACUGAGCAGCACGUCUGGAGAGGAGAAAUCUGUUAUGUAGGUUUAGUCUCAAUAGUGCUCUCAGUAAUGAAUAUGCACAUAGGAGCCAGUACUGUCUUUAAUGCUGCUUGUUUCAGUGGGUGGCAGGGAGUCUUAAGAGCUGGUGGGAAGCAGAAUUUGGUGGAAGGGUGGUGGUUCUGAAAAGAAAGGCUAGAUACUGUGAAUGGAUAGAAAGUGAAGGUAGGUAGGAUGCUCAGGUUUUUGCAUAGUUCUUAACUAAUCUUGCCUGCAGUUUGGUAUUUAUAAGAUUAGCAUGGCCAAUUAUGCUAAGUACAUAAUAAAAUACAUUUAGAAAUCCUUACUGGUAUUGGUUAGGUCAGUCAUAUAACUAUUCAAUUUAACUAGCACAACUUCCCCGGUGGUGGACUUACCAUGGAAACUCUCAAAUAUACCUACAUUUAAAUAAGCCAAUGACUUGGGUCUUAAGGAUUUUCUAAGUGGCAUUUAAUUAUGUGCUCAUAGACAGAUUUUAUUUUUAAUUCAGUAAUUAUUUGAUGGAUUACAGAAAGCACCUGUCAUUAACAAUGUUUGUUCAUGUAAUCCUCUGCUCUGAUUAGCUUUGGCAUGUUGUUUUUAUGCUUAACCUUAAUUUGAUGCAACUUAAACAUAACAGGGGACUUAAAAUAUUGUAUUUAAAUUAGAAUACAUAUUCGUGGAGAGAAAUGACAUUGUUAGGUAUUAAUGGCAUGGCUCUAACUAGAAUGAUUAGACGACACUGUUUUAACUGGAAUUUCUUUUGUUUGUUAACUAUGAAAUAGGUAAAGUUGGGCAGACACGUAAUGAUUUCACAAGUGUUGUGAGAGAAAACUGAAAGAGAUGUAAUAUUAACCAGGGCCUUAUUAUAACUAUUCUCCUCAAAAGACCACGUUAUCUUGAAGUAUAAAUACCAACUUUUCCUCUCUUUCCCUUUGUGAGAUUAGGCCAGUAGUUGUAUAAUUUCACUGUAAGAAUCAUCUGGUGAGUUUGUUGAAAAUGCAGAUUCAGGACUAUACUUUCAAUUUUUAUUUAGUAGGUCCUGUAAAAAGGAAGCAUCAUUUUAAACAGUACACCAGGUGGUUCUGAUAUAGAUCCAAAGAUUCUAAAUUUAGAGCAACACUAGGUUACAAAUGUCUUGUCAAUUAGACCAGCAAAUACCUAACGCCUCUGGGUUUAGGCUACAACGAUGACCUAUAUGAACCUAUGUCCAGAGAAGAGCAGAACUUAAGUCUUAGGCCCUCUGAAUUAAAUCUCCUAUAUUCCAUCUAAACCAACUUAAUUUUUUCAUAAAUUCAGCUCACCUAGCAUUCAAAUUUUAUAUAGAAUGAAAGAUGAAUUACAUGAAAGUGAUGACAUUGAUGAAAAAAAGCAAAGCUGAUCCUUAAUUAAAAAUUAAUCACUCUUAUCCAAUAUUGGGUAAGAAAAAGUUUCUAGCAUAACUAUCUUGAGUGCAUUAAAAUGCUUUCAGGUUGAUAAACUGGUAAGCCUCUAGCUCACUAACUAGGAAAAGUGAGAAAAUGCAAAUCAACAUCAGAAGUGAAGGAGGGAAUAUCAAUGCAGACCCUGCAGACAUUAAAAGUAUCAUUAAAAAAUACUACAACUAACAUUAGGUCCAUAUAUUCAACAAUAUUAACUUAAACGAAACAAACUCCUUAUAAGACAAAGUAUUGAGCUCACUGAAGAAAUAGAUAUUGUCUAGAAAACAAGGCUCCAGUCCAAAACAACUGCAAUGGGGAAUUCUACUAAAAAAAUUAAGGGAGAAAUAAUAUCAAUCUACACAAUCUUUCAGAAAACAGAAGAGGAGGAAAUAAUUCACCACUCAUUUUAUAUACCUAUUACUCUGAAACUAAAAUUAGACAAAGACAUAAUAAGCAA